GCGCAUGUUUCCUUCUCUUCUUCGCAUCUCCCUGGCUGGGCUGGACCCUCGCGAGGAGUACUGCGUGCUUCUAGAACUGUCUCGUGGGCGACGUCGCUGGCGCUGGGCGGGAGGCGCGUGGGCAGCGGCGGGCGGCGCGGAGCCACAAUCCCCCAGGAGACUGAUGCUGCACCCUGACUCUCCAGCACCAGGACACCACUGGACUGCCAACCCAGUUUCGUUUAGUAAACUGAAGCUGACCAACAACACCAUGGAUGCACAGGGACAUAUGGUACUUACGUCCAUGCACAAGUACCGCCCCCGGGUUCUGAUAGUGAGAGCGCGCGACGCGGCCGCGCUGGCGUGGGGCGCGCCGCACGCCGCCUUCUCAUUCCCAGAGACUGAGUUCAUCGCUGUUACUGCUUACCAGAAUGAUCGCAUUACAAAACUAAAAAUCGACAAUAAUCCAUUCGCUAAAGGAUUCCGGGCCUGCGGUCAAUCGAAGUGUAAACGGAAGAACUUAGACAGUGGCGACAAUUCAGAGCCAUCUAGCAGCGAGUCCAGUGAAGCUAAACGACCCUGUUCAGACGCUGCGUCAUCUUGUUCGGAGGAGGGGAGCCUGCGGUCGUCGUCACCGCGCUCGCCGCCGCUCGUGGAGUCUCCCGCGCCGCUGGUGGCGCCCCCUGAGAACAUCACGCCUCCUCCCACAGCUUUCUACCCUCCCGAACUGCCAUACUUAGGACCUUUACAUAUGCCAAUGCCGUUGGGUAUAUGGCCCAACACUCCGAUGCCGGGUGGGUUCGCUUGGGGCCCGGCCGCACCGCCGCCGCCGCCUAAAUUGCUCCUCUCCUCCCGCGGCAGGGAGCCCGCGCCCUGCCGCCGCGUCAAAAGUUUUACCAUCAGCGCUCUUCUGGGCGAAGGUUAAUAUAAUUGUGUAUAAUUUAAUUAGAGAUUAAUGUACAAUAGAGUUUUUAAUUGCAUAAGUGUAUACGAUACCCAUCAAGUAAACUCGUACUAUUGUUAUUUAAAGCAACAACUUAUUUUAUUCUUCUUUAGGUAAUCAAAUGUCUUUGCAAUAACUUAAUAUUGUAAAUAUUGUUUUAGUACUUAGAAAUAUGAUGUAAUAUACAUAUUUUAUAGAACAUAACUACCUCGUUACACAAGCAUAGAAUUUAUUAUUGUGAUAGCUGUGCCUUAAGAAUAAAAAUAUAUUCAUUCUAUUUCUUCUAAUUUUAUUUUUAGGAUCAAUUUUAUUUCAAUUUCAAUUUUUCCUUGAUUUCUUUGUCUUAUGUUGCAUGUUAUUUAUAUGCAAUAAUGUACUAUAAUAUGAACAUGCUAAAUAAGUAAUUGCUAUGUCAAGUAACAAUGUAAAUAUUGUAAAUAAU